AUGCAGUCUUCAUUGCUUCUUCGUGCUAGGGGCCUUCCAUUGGCCAAGUCCUCUUUUGCCCGCUCCAGCAUCCGGGCGAUGGGAUCCUACGCCACCUUCAAGGUUCCCCGUAUUGACAACGAACCCAACAAACACUAUGCCCCUGGUUCUCCCGAUCGCAAGGGUCUCGAGGAAGCCCUGGCGAAGCACAAGCAAAGCGCUCCCCUCACUGUUCCCUUAGUGAUUGCUGGAAAGGAGAUCAAGAGCUCUGAAACCUUCACACAAGCCAACCCCGCUACCCAUGCUCCUUUGGCCACAUACUCUCAUGCCACCGCCUCGGAUGUCCAGGCCGCCAUCGACGCCGCUCUUAAGGCCCGCGAGUCUUGGGCUUCCACUUCGUUUGCUGAACGUGCCAGCAUCUUCCUCAAGGCGGCCGACUUGAUUUCCACCAAGUACCGCUACGAUAUCAUGGCCUUGACCAUGCACGGUCAGGGCAAGAACGCCUGGCAGGCCGAAAUUGACUCCGCCGCCGAGCUGUGCGACUUCUUCCGUUUCGGUGUCAAGUACGCUGAGGACCUGUACGCUCAGCAGCCUGUUCACAACUCUCCCGGCGUUUGGAACCGCGUCGAGUACCGUGCCCUGGAGGGAUUCGUCUAUGCUAUCAGUCCUUUCAACUUCACUGCCAUUGGUGGUAACUUGGCUGGUGCCCCUGCUCUGAUGGGUAACGUUGUUGUCUGGAAGCCCUCUCCUUCCGCCAUUGCGUCCAACUGGCUCGUUCACGAGAUCCUCCUGGAGGCUGGUCUCCCCAAGAAUGUCAUCCAGUUCGUCCCUGGUGACGCUGAGGAGGUUACCAACACCGUCCUCAACCACCCCGAGUUUGCUGCUCUUCACUUCACUGGCAGCACCAGCGUGUUCCGUAGCCUCUACGGCCAGAUUGCCAACCGUGUUGCUGAGGGCAAGUACCGCAGCUACCCUCGCAUUGUCGGUGAAACCGGCGGAAAGAACUUCCAUCUCAUUCACAAGUCGGCCGAUAUUCGCAAUGCGGCCGUCCAAACCGUCCGUGGCGCCUUCGAGUUCCAGGGACAGAAGUGCAGUGCGACCUCCCGCGCAUACGUCGCCGCUUCCGUCGCCGAUGAGUUCCUGGAGCAGGUUGCCACCGAGACCAAGAACCUCAAGGUCGGUGAGCCGACCGAUUUCACCAACUUCUGCGGUCCUGUCAUCCACGAGGCUUCUUUCAACAAGCUGGCGAAGGUGAUCGACGAGGCCAAGAACGACCCUGAGCUCGAGCUCCUGGCCGGUGGUACCUACGACUCCUCCAAGGGCUGGUACAUUCAGCCUACCGUCUACCGCACUUCCAACCCUGACCACCCUCUCCUGUCCCGUGAGCUUUUCGGCCCUGUCCUGGUCGUCCACGCCUACAACGACGCCACGGAGGCCGACUUCACCAAGAUCUGCGAGAAGAUCGACCAGACCGGCGAGUACGGUCUGACCGGAGCUGUGUUCGCGCAGGACCGCGAGGCUCUCCGCCAGGCGGAUGACGCUCUCCGCAACACUGCCGGCAACUUCUACAUCAACUGCAAGAGCACCGGUGCCGUUGUCGGCCAGCAGCCUUUCGGUGGUGCUCGCGCCAGUGGCACCAACGACAAGGCGGGCAGCGGAAACCUGCUCUCUCGUUUCGUCAGCUUGCGUUCCAUGAAGGAGGAGUUCGUCCCUACCUACAACGUUGCCUACCCUAGCAACGCAUAA